AUGGAGAGGUGGCCAAAGCAGUGCGGGAACGUUAAACCUUCGUUCGCCUCGGCCCUCCUCGACUUCAUCGACCGGUCCAUCGACGAGACCGACGGCGGAGCAGUGAGAGAGCACCGCACCGGCGGAGCGCCUGACCGCCUCUACGACCGUGGCCCGGCCGCCGUUAAGAAGCAGUGGAGCUUCGUAGCCGACCGGUGGCCAGUGGAGAGGAGAAGCAACGUACCGGUGGCCAGUGGAGAGGAGAAGCAACGUACCCGACUUCGCAAGCCCGAUAACCGCCGUGGUUUCUUGGCAAACUCGACUUUCAUCUCCUCUGACUGCUCCAGUUACGGUGGGUUCUCGUCCUCCAAUGCCGAGUCGGUGCCCCACCCGGCCGGGCUCCGGUCGAUCCGCAUCGGCAGUUUUCUUUACCGGUCCGAGGAGGCCAUCUCGAAACCCCCGGCUCCGCCGCGGCCGGUGGCCGCGUCGCCACCAGCGCACCCCCACCAGGACAAGAAGAAGUCGGGCUUGAUCCGGAGCAAGUUCCGGGAUCUGAGGAAGUCCAAGUCUCCGGCGUCGCUGGGGGCCCGCCUCGCCAGCUUCCUCAACUCCCCCUUCACCGCGGCCGCCGCCGGGCCCGCCUCUGACCCGCCUCUGGCAGGGAUGAGCUUCCGGCGUACGAGACCACUCACUUUGGCACCAAUCGCGCCGUCUCCCACGGUCUCAUCGUGGAAUUAAACAAAAAAAAUGGAAAUGAGA